AUGCGAUGGCUUAUCAUUUUAUUAAAAACAACACAAGAUUCCUCCUCAGUGCGCAAAGCUCAUAACAAUGGUAAAAAUCAUAUCAUGAAUGUUAGAAAUUAUUAUGCGGAAUUAGGUCAAGAUAAAGCACAGGCAAUUAUCGAUGAAAUUACUAAGGCUUAUGAGCGAGCGGGACAAUCCGGCUUUCCACCUCAGUAUGGAUACGCUCCAGGUGUUCCUCCAGUAUCACCCGCUGCAGCACCAGUAGCUACUACUCCUUAUGGUGGACCAGUUGUUCCGCCAAUUAUGAUGGGUCGAACCGCAGGUAACAUUCCUCCUGGUACUGUUCCUGGACCUGCCCCAGGUAUAGGUGCACCACCACCAGGACUUGGAGGACCAGCACCUGGUACUAUUCCACAAAUUCCAUCAAGUUCAAGUUCUCAACCUGUUGCAAGACCACCAUCAACAGCGGGACAAACUCCACAGCCCUUUGGAGGGCCACCUUCGAAUAAUAAUUUCAUAAGAUCAGGUCAAACACCAGGGUUCCAACCAUCACAAGGGAAUGUAUCACAACCACCACCCGGACCCUUAUAA